CCAUGUUUUUAUGCAAGCAGUAGCAACUCAGCCAACGAGGGCUCAGGGCCUCCUAUGCUCAUUUUGCGGAAGGCAUGUUUGCUUGGAAACCUGUCCUCAACCAGUCCGGCCCCACUGAGUUCGUGUUCCGCGUCUUCACCACCGUCCCCGAAUUCCAGGCCCUGCUCUUCCUCCUCUUCCUCCUCCUCUACGUGAUGAUCCUUUGCGGCAACACGGCCAUCAUCUGGGUGGUGUGCACACACAGCUCCCUGCGCACCCCGAUGUACUUCUUCCUCUCCAACCUGUCCUUCCUGGAAAUCUGCUACACCACCGUCGUGGUGCCCCUGAUGCUCUCCAAUAUUUGGGGGGCCCAGAAGCCCAUUCCGCUGGCCGGAUGCGGGGCCCAGAUGUUCUUCUUCGUCACCCUCGGCAGCACGGACUGCUUCCUCCUGGCAGUCAUGGCAUACGAUCGCUACGCGGCCAUCUGCCACCCGCUGCACUACACGCUCAUCAUGACCCAGAGGCUGUGCGUGCAGGCGGUGGCCGGCGCCCUGGGCCUGGCCCUCCUGCUCUCCCUGCAGCUCACCGCCCUCAUCUUCACCCUGCCCUUCUGCGGGCGCCGCCGGGAAAUCAACCACUUCCUCUGCGACGUGCCCCCGGUCCUGCGCCUGGCCUGUGCGGACACCCGCGUGCACCAGGCUGUCCUCUAUGUCGUCGGCGUCCUGGUGCUGACCGUCCCCUUCCUGCUCAUCUGCGUCUCCUACGCGUUCAUCACCGCCACCAUCCUGCGCAUGCGCUCUGCCGAGGGCCGGCGCCGGGCCUUCUCCACCUGCUCGUCCCACCUCACCGUGGUCCUGCUGCAGUACGGCUGCUGCAGUCUGGUCUACCUGCGCCCGCGCUCCAGCUCCUCGGAGGACGAGGACCGCCAGAUCGCGCUGGUCUACACGUUCGUCACGCCCUUACUCAACCCUGUGAUUUACACGCUUAGGAACAAGGACGUCAAAGGUGCCCUGAGGAGUGCCGUCACCCGUAAAGCAGCCUCUGACGUCAGUUGAAGGCUUAGGGGAUCUCGGGGUGUCUGUCUGCUACGUCAACGAACUCUUUGACAAUGAGAAUUGUUUACUUCCCCGCACUUUGCACCUGAUAUUUCAUUUUUUGCCAUAUUUGCCCCGUGUCCACAAUCUGCACUCAUUUUCCUGAAGUGCUUUCAAUACGGUUUGAAAAUUUGGACAAAACUUUCAGUGCA